GUGAGAUGGCCUUUUCUGUCCAUCAUCAGUGGCCAAAAGAAAUCAAAGUGGCUUGACAUAUUUUGCAAUCCUUCUGCCAAGACCAUGCUUGUGCUUGUAUACGUUGACGAUCAGGACCAAAUUGAUGACAUCUACAUUCACCUCACUUCAGUUCUGUACAGGACAUCCACACAGACUCCUGUCCUUUUUCCAGAGUCCAUCAUCUGUGCCCUUGCUGCUUUGGAAAAUCUCACCAUGCUGGAGGCUGAGGAGAAAUUUCUACAAGGGCCUGUCAUUGACAUAAGUGAGCGGGAGCAGUUUGACAGGAGGAUUAAGAACAUUUUGAAGAAGAGUGGCAACCCAUAG